CCUUAUCCUUGACUCACAUGAGAAUCUGGCAGGUUCGGAGCCUCGCCUGACACUGACAGACCCUCCUAGUAGAAAUGGAGAUAAGGCCGAGGGCGGCGUUGUACUAGAAAUAGUCGACGAGAACCGAUCCGAUUAGUAGUGUCACCGGCAGCGUGUCGACGUGGUCGUGUGUGUGUGUUCCCGGGGAGGAAGCGAGCUCUGCUCUGCUUGCGGAGCAAGAAGAUACCGUGGGUGAGAAACCGGGGGAUGGCUACAAGAAGGGCCGUGGUGAGGGUUACUGCUCUGCCUGCGUGGGCGGCCGUGGCGAGGAGCAUGGAAGGCGUAGGCGGCGGCGGCGCCCGCGUGUCGCGCUACUUCAGCGACAAGGCCUCCGGCAGGGUGCUCAGCGAGGAGGAGCGCGCCGCCGAGAACGUCUACAUACAGAAGAUGGAGCGGGAGAAGCUGGAGAAGCUGAGGAGGAAGGAGGACAAGGCCAAGGCCGAGGCGGCCAAGAGGGCCGCCGCCGCCAAAGGCGACAAGAAGAAGGGUGAGGAGGCUCAUCCGAGCUGAUCGCCACACAUCAGAUCGAUACUCCUGUGAGCUGUGAACUUUGUGAUGGUGUGGAUACUACUGAUGACAAGUACUACAUGGAAACAGACUCCUCUCCAUGCACUGUUGUACUCAGAAAUUGAGAGGAAUGUUUGAUCUCUUAUAACUUCUGCUCGUCGUGUGUAGCCCCUGUCACUGUUGUGAACUUUGUUUGUAGGUUUUGUCUUGUCGGUGCAAAUGGAGGCGCCCUUGAGCCUCUUAUAUGUACACAGUUUAUCUAUGGGGGUAUUGUGUUUAUACCCUUCCUGAGAUAGCUAAUUGUAAUUCUACCCUCGUUUUUCACGAUCUUGUGUUUUUACCCUC